AUGGUAAUUUUCGAGAUCAGGAUUUUUUUUAAACCACCGACUUUCUCUCUCCUGCCUCACUCUUCUUCCUCGCGACACAGCCCCCCCCCCUGUUUCAACCCGCCACCUUCUCUCCUCCAUAACCACCGCCACACUCCACUCCGGCCGACGAGACCGGACCCAAUCGAACCACCGCCGCUUCCUCUUCCAAGUCCGACCAAGCUCAGCCGUAACCACCGCCAGCAGCCACCGGAAAACGCAGAAAAUCGUGCGGGUUUUGACAGAUUUUCUCAUCGCUCGUUCUCCCUCGAUUCUCCACCAAAUCAGACGAGUGAGGAGUUUGGGCCGGCGGUUUGGAGUUUUUCCGGCCACCGGAAAUUUCUCAAGCCACCCAAGCUGCCAGCGCGUGUGGCGGCGCGUGGGCAGUCUGGAGGGGACCACUCUCAGUUUCAGAAUGAUCCUCGUAUUCUCACGAGCGUGUAG